AUGUCUUCGGAAAACUUACUAGGACGAAGCUCAGUAAGAGCCAGACUUGACUCUGACGGAAUCUUCACUGGAAAUCAACAGUUACACGAUCCGCCACAAUCUACGUUUCUAGGAUGUAUCCCAAUCCCCACAACAGAGGUUCAAACUCACAUUCCAUUUAAGAACAUCCUUUGGUGUCAAAAUGUCGAGACUGACGACGCUUCAUUCGACAUAAGUUACGUGGUGGAGCACCAGAAUUCUGUUUCGGUGCACCAUGCCACGGUGGAGUUGCAAUUGCUGGCCAAUCAGACUAAACAAGACUUGACAAACCAAGUAUUAAGGAUGGCGUAUGGCGAAAGUAAGGUGCGACCAUCGGUAUUGGUGGUGUUAAACAACCAUGGAGGACAGGGCCAUGCGCUCAGUCUCUACAAAAAGGAGGUUCUACCAGUGUUGUCGGCGGCACACGUGGAUAUCACGUUCAUGGAGACCAAGUACUCGAAACACGCGGUGGAGAUUGGUCGCGAGGUGGAUAUUAACAAGUUCGACGUGGUGGCAUGCUGUUCAGGAGACGGUAUUCCUCAUGAGGUCAUAAAUGGCAUGUAUGAACGUCUGGACCGAGUUCAGGCAUUUGAGAAGUUGGCAAUAGCGCAGAUUCCAUGUGGUUCAGGAAAUGCGUUUUCACUCAGCAGUCACGGCAGCAACAAGCCAGGAGUCGCUGCAUUCCACAUGUUGAAGCUGACGCGGGCACAGUUGGAUCUCAUGGCGGUAACGCAGGGAGUAGGAGUUGACGAGAGAACAAAACUUUCGUUCUUGUCUCAAGCUUAUGGAGUCAUUGCAGACUCCGACAUUGGAACGGAACACUUACGGUGGAUGGGAGCCAUCCGAUUUGAGCUUGGAAUUAUGCACAAGGUGUUCACCAAGGCCAAAUAUCCGUGUGAUUUGUUUGUUUCGUAUGCCACCAAAGAGCAAGACGAGAUCCAGCAGCAUGUGGACAAACAUCUUCAGAAUAGCACUCCAUACCGCAAGCUCUCGGAGGAGAGUUUCCAACUCAAGUUCCCGGGUCUCGACCAACCGCCUCCGUCAUCGUGGGAACAGGUGCCCACGUCCACUACAGACUACUUGAACAUUUUUUACGUGGGGAACAUGCCAUACAUGCUGAGCGACGCCCAGUUCUUCCCGGCCGCGUUGCCAGACGACGGGCUCAUGGACUUGGUGAUAACCAAGACCUCUAUACCGUUACUUACCACUGCGAAGAUCCUCACGUCGGUGGAUAAUGGUGCACAUGUCCAGUCUCCUCAUACUCACCAUGCUAAGAUCUCAGCCUACCGACUCGUACCUCGGAUCAACGACUCGCAACGCCAUUAUAUAUCUGUUGAUGGGGAGAGUUUUCCAUUUGAGCCGAUUCAGGUAGAGAUUUUCCCACGGAUGCUUACGGUGUUACUUCAAGAGGGAACGUUUGUGAAGACUACAUUUACCGAAAGAUAG